AUGACUGCUCUACCUGCUGUUACCAUUGAUAUACAGAGGAGUCCUAGUAAUGGAAAAGAGUCUGAUACAUAUACUUCUGGAGGGGGUUCUGUUAGUCUCAAUAAGAUUGAGGAUCCCCCUGAAUCCGGCUUCUUAAAGUUCAUACAUACUUCACCUGACGGGUCACCUUUUAAGGUUAGCGAAGUGAGGUAUGGAGCUACUCCAGCUUCUGACUUAAACCCUAGUGAUGAUAUUCAGCACCUUUCAGUCUGGUACUGGAAAGAUACAGCUGUAGACAUGACAAAUCCACUCCUCAUAGAAAUCUUACAGGGUGAUAAUAGGUAUACUUAUAAAUCUGCUAAAGCAGGUGGAACAAGUUGGCAACCACUUCCUAUAAGACAAAGUCCUCGACCUAAUCCACUCACCGGUAAGACACUUGAGACUCAACUAGAUGGUCUUAACUGUUCACUCAACCAGGCAGUUACCUUUAAUCUCACCUUUGAGCUUUCUAGCAGUCUUUCUGAUAAACAUAAAAAAAGUAGAGAUGAUAACACCUACUGUUGCAGCACUCAUUGCCCUCAGGGUACUAGCGGUAGGGUCACUGUUAAACUAAAUAAAGUUUCUUGUAAACAAAAUCAUCGUAGUGCCGAUUACUAUAGGCAUAAGAUUAAUACUGUCAAUGGAAGGAAGGUAGCAGCUAUAAAGUAUGAUCCUACUGGUGGGUCUACUAGGAAUAGAAUAAAUUUGAACGGACACAAAUCUCCUCCAAGCGUAACAACCGUAUAUGCAUUCUAUUCCGGACAGAAUCCAAAACUAAUAUACGUUUAUGGAGGUACAGCCACAGGCUGGUACAAGAAACCCAUCACUAUUAGUAAUGGUGAUACGGAUGAAGUCUGGACACCAGUAAAGGAUCUCAAUGGUAUAACACCUGAUUAUCUAACUGAGAAUACUGAAUGUUCAAGUUGGACUGCGGUCAAAAAAGCACUAACAAAUGUUACUUGUAGCGGUUGUCCACCAUGUCCUCUUCCUCAAUCACCACCUCCUCCUCUUGCUCCAUCAUCUAACAUAGAUUCUGGUGCUAGUGGAGCUGUAGUAGGCCCUAUUGUAGGUUUACUUGGUACAUUGCUUGGAGCACUUUCUGGAGCUAGUAAGGUUGUUAAUACAGAACUACUCGAAAACUUGGUGGGUUCCAUACUAUAUGGAUCUGAUUUAGCCGCUACAAUUGGUAUAGAGGCUCUAGGUGCGGCCCUUGAAACUACUCUCUCUUAUCCUAUUUCUGCUCCUAAUCCUGGUCAAGCUCCUCUUGAUCCUCCUAGAUCUGAUGGUCAAGCUGAACCUUCUACCUUACUCCUUCCUACUAGUAUGGCUGGAUACUUCUUUGUUGGAUCUGCAGGAUCUGGGCACAUAAUAGAGUCGAUAUCAGUUGAAAAGGAGGCAUCUCUUAGAUCUGACGUUUGUUCCACAGAGGCCACUUCGAGGUUUGAGGACUUGCCAAUUCACGACGAAAACAUACCAUCGCCAAUCAAUUUCAUGAACUGGAUCAACCGCUAUGGCUUUGACGACUUGUCCAUCAAGAUGAACAUUUACACACUUGUCAACAGGAGAUAA